AUGGCCUCGGACGAUCCAGCGCACCGCCGUAAUCAGUCGACAAAUUCCAUCCCCCUCCAAGACCUCAAUGGCAACGGCACACAAGAGCAUGGCCUGGGUGUCAUCAGGAGUGAGUCGCAUAGGCGAACGCUUAGUGAUCGUGGACGAGCGUUGUUCGUGCGAGGUCGGGACCGACCCGAGAACAGACGGUAUGCGCCCAUCAACGAGCGCUCGCCUAGCCCACCACAACGACCAUCACGCGGCACACCUCUGUCGCCAAUCGCCAUAGUGACCACACCAGAUGGCGCUUCAUCACGCAUACCUGACCAGGAUGACGAAGCGGGUAUGUCACCUGUUGACGACCGUGGAGCAUUUCAGGCCGCCAUUGGCUUUGCGGGACUGAGCUUCAAUGCAGGCUUCGAUUCUCCUGACGAGGAUGAUGACGAUGCGAUUAAGGUGACGCCGCCACGACCUUCGAGAUCGAGUCGGCCAACACUACCGACCAUACGAACAAUAAAAGACCCGGAUGACAUGGUUGCUGUGGAGCUGAAUGAUGGGCCGGAUUUCUUCUCGCCGAUUACAGGACAUGCAGACGAGGAGGAUACCAUGCCGCUUACCGAUGCCGCACGUAUGCGAUCGUCUACACUUGCGGCACCAGUCACACCCGAUGGUCAACGGCACGACAGACAACGAUCUCGAGCCAACUCAAACCUGAGUGUCCGCUUUUCUCCAGGACGUGGUCGAAGUAGCUCAUACUUGGGCGACGAUUUGCCACGACUAGAAGCAGGGAGUCGGACAUCUGGGUCCGAUUACGAUGGAACGAAUUCAAGUCGCCAUCGUUCAUUGUCACCCUCAGCUGCAGAAUCGCCAUUCCAACGGACUGGAACUAUGCUGAGGAAGAUGUCUCAGCGGGUGGUCAACGUCAGCAACGAGUCAGACAUAGUUGAGCGAAGUAGGCAACGAAAGCUGUCUUCGGCGAGGCGUCCAUCGAUCGUCGGUCCUCCUUCGGGACAUGUAAGUCCGAAUAUUGGAAUGGACGGUGCACCGCCCUCACCAGCAAGCGAAAAGGCUGUAUCUCCGAUCAUUGCACCAGACACGCCACCUGAAUUGCCGGUAACUGAUCGCAAUCCACUGCGCGGCAAAGCACUUGGUAUACUACCUCCAGAAAGCAAGCUGCGACAGCGACUUCUCGCACUACUUGUCCAUCCCCUGUUCGAGCCUAUGAUAUUACUUCUCAUCGUCAUACAGACCAUCGUACUUUCAAUCGACGCUGCAAACAGUGUCUACGACGAGGCCGAUCACAGGCCCUUGAAGUGGGGCCACCACUGGACAGACUUUACGCUGUUCGCGAUCUUCAACGUCUACACGGUCGAGAUCGCGAUCAAGGUUAUGGUAUCUGGGUUUGUGUUCAAUCCUCGCGAGUACAGCACUAUAGACCGGAGCGUCAGCCUCCAGAAAGCCCUGGCGAAGAAAGCGAAUGAUCUCUUCGCGCUUCAAAGGAAACACUCAGUCAGGGGCAGGCAGGAUGAAUUCAGUGUCAGCCAACCAGAGCCGCCAUCGCUCUUACGAACCUUCACAGCUCAGCCAUUCGAAGAUGUGCCUGGUGGCUCACGACAAGCCCAGCGACAUCGUCUGGCUUACCGAGCAUUUCUGCGGCAUUCCUUCAAUCGCCUUGAUUUUAUUGCAGUGGUAUGUUUCUGGAUUAGCUUCGUGCUCUCGGCAUCUGGUGUCGAGGCCAAUCAUCACCUCUACGUCUUCCGCAUGAUGAGCUGUCUGCGUAUAGUACGGUUGCUUGGCAUUACUAGCGGCACUUCCGUGAUUCUGCGCAGUCUGAAGCGAGCGGCCCCGACGCUUCUCAAUGUCGCUUUCCUCAUCGGCUUCUUUUGGCUGCUGUUCGCGAUUAUUGGUUUGCAGAGCUUCAAGUCAAGCUUUCGCAGAACAUGUGUGUGGAACUGGCAAAACCAGACAGAGCCCACGCAGGGUGAAUAUGUGCUGAACGCAUACGGCAACUUCCAAUUCUGCGGUGGUUGGAUCGCGGCAAAUAACACACCCAUGCCAUGGUUACUGGCGUCUGGUGUCCCUAACUCGGGUGAGCCAAAAGGCUACUGGUGUCCGUUCGGUUCGACCUGCGUGGAAGGAGAAAAUCCGUACAGCGGUACUGUGAGCUUCGACAACAUUCUACAAUCUAUUGAGCUGGUCUUCGUCGUCAUGACAUCAAACACUUUCUCCGACUUGAUGUACUACCUUACGGACAGCGACUAUCUAGCAGCGGCCAUCUUCUUCGCUUGUGGCAUUGUCUUCCUAUCGUUCUGGCUUCUCAACUUGCUAAUCGCAGUCAUCACAUCAAGUUUCCAGGUCAUUCGAGAGGAGAGCAGGAGUAGUGCCUUCAUGGUAGACGACCACGAUCCGACGGAGGAUGAAAAGCACUUUACUGAAGAUCGCCCAAAACGUCGUUCGCAUGGUCUGAAGAAGAUAUACGACAAACUACACUGGCUCUGGAUCGCUGUCAUUGUCUAUGGAUUGGUCGUGCAAUGCCUCCGGACUGCCUAUAACCGGCCAGACACAACUCAUUUCAUUAAUGCUUCAGAGCUUAUUGUCACUGUUGUACUGCUCAUCGAGAUCGUGCUACGCUUUGCAGCCGAUUGGCGCGACUUCUACCGACAUCGCCGCAAUUGGGUCGAUUUGGGACUUGUCAUCAUCACAUGUGUCAUCCAGGUCCCGAUGAUACGACAUUCUGGACAGCCAUACGCUUGGCUCACUAUCUUUCAGGUUUUGCGGAUAUACCGAGUCGUUCUGGCUGUCAAGCUCACCCGAGAUCUCAUCACACUUGUCUUGCGACACGUCUCUGGUAUCCUGAACUUGAUCCUUUUCGUGUUCUUGCUCACCUACCUCGCGGCCAUCUUUGCAUCUCAAUUGUUCCGUGGCGAGCUCCCACCGCAAGACGACGCUGGCAAUGACAUCUACGUCAACUUCAGCACGAUCUACAACUCGUUUCUGGGCAUGUACCAGAUUCUGUCCUCCGAGAAUUGGACGACGAUCCUGUACAACGUUACGCGCUUUGAUGUACAGUACGGCACAGCUUGGAUCGGCGCCACAUUCUUCAUCUUGUGGUUCAUUCUGGCCUUCUUCAUCGUACUGAAUAUGUUUAUUGCUGUCAUCCAGGAGAAUUUUGACGUCAGCGAGGAUCAGAAGCGGCUGCAGCAGGUCAGGAUGUUCUUGCAGCAGAAGGAGACACAGCUUGGUAGCUCGAAUCACGGGACUCUAUCACUGAGCACGAUCUUCAAGUUUGGCUAUGCGAAGCGACAGGAUCCGCUGGACUUUGGCAACGCUGCGGUGGACAUGCUGCUGAAAGAUGCCGUAGUCAGGGACUUUCUUGAUGAAGAAGAGAAUGCGGAUGGAGAACCUGCAACACCUGCCUCCGGCAUUAAGCACACUGGCACGAAUUUUGUGAAAGAGAGCAGUGGAUGGUUGGAGACUGCACGAGAUUGGACUGUCAACAAGCUCUUUCGUCGUGAACCGAAUCCCUUCUAUGCUCGACUACAGCUCUCAAAAGCAUACGAGGAGCUCGACCCGCAAACCCUGGCCAGAGAAGUGGUUGAGGCGACUGAACAGCGCAAAGUAACGCAGAGAGAAUACUUGGGUCGCCACCCAAACUACAACGUCUCGCUCUUCAUGUUCAGACCAGACAACCCUGUCCGAAGAUUCUGCCAGCGCAUUGUCGGUCCAGGUCGAGGUAGUGAUCGUAUACAAGGUCUCGAUCCAAAUCCGACGAUUUGGUACACCUUCUCGAUUUUUAUCUACAUGGCCAUUGUGGCAAUGGUGCUCCUGGCUUGUGUGACCACGCCGCUAUUCCAACAAGAGUACUUCAGGAAACAUCGCGACCUCAGCAUGAGUCUCAAUUGGUUCUCAUACACGGAUAUGGGAUUUGCUGCCUUGUUCACGAUCGAGGCGAUCAUCAAAGUGAUUGCGGAUGGCUUCUUCUGGACACCUAAUGCUUACUUCCGCAGCUCGUGGGGUUUCAUCGACGGUAUAGUGCUCAUCACACUUUGGGUCAAUGUUGUCACCUUGCUAUACAAUCCGAGCGGAGGCUCUCGUGCUGUCGGCGCUUUCAAAGCACUAAGAGCCCUGCGAUUGCUGAACGUCAGUGACAGCGCUAGAGAUACAUUCCACUCUGUCAUUGUACUGGGCGGCUGGAAGGUUGUAUCUGCGGCCUUCGUAUCGCUGAGCUUGCUCAUUCCAUUCGCCAUCUACGGCCUGAACUUGUUUGCCGGACAAAUGCAAGAAUGCAACGACUCAUCUGGUGCUGUCUAUAACCUCAGCGACUGUGUGGGUGAGUACAUGGCUUCGCCAUAUAACUGGAACUUUCCAGCACCACGGCUAGCAUCGAACAGCUACUAUGACUUCGACUCGUUCGGCGGUGCGCUCUUCAUUCUCUUCCAGAUUGUCUCACAGGAAGGCUGGAUUGAUGUCCAGCAGAGGGCGACGUCUAUCACAGGCAUCUUUACACAACCCAGUCAGUUCUCACGGAUGGGCAACGCCAUCUUCUUCGUCAUCUUCAACUUACUCGGAGCCGUCUUCGUCUUGACAUUGUUCGUAUCUGUCUUCAUGCGCAAUUACACGGAGCAGACUGGCGUGGCGUUCUUGACAACCGACCAACGGUCAUGGCUAGAGCUACGGAAGCUACUGCGGCAAGUAGCUCCUAGCAAACGACCAAACACGAAGAAGAAGCGAGAAGGCUGGCAAGAAUGGUGCUACCGUCGUGCAGUCACCAAGAAUGGUAGAUGGCAGCGUAGUGUGACCAUCAUCCUGGUCGUGCAUCUGAUAUUGCUCUGCCUGGAGUGGUAUCCCGAAUCGAAUGGUUGGCCGAGAGUGCGAGAUUACAUUUUCCUCGGCUUCACGAUGCUGUAUAUCGCAAACAUCGUCAUCCGAAUUGUUGGCCUAUCUUGGACACGUUUUCGCAAGAGUGCUUGGGAUGUCUACUCCGUCUUCUCCGUUGCAGGCACAUUCGUCACGACUAUCAUCAUGCUCACAAACCUCGACAAUCGCGACUACCUGCAGGCUCAUAACUUGUUCCUGGUGUCUAUUGCAUUAUUGUUGAUCCCGAGGAACAACCAGCUUGAUCAGCUGUUCAAGACCGCCGCCGCCAGUUUCACAGCAAUUGCAAAUUUACUAGCCACCUGGUUUGUGCUGUUCUUGGUGUACGCCAUAGCGUUGACUCAGACAUUCGGUUUGACGAGGUUCAAUGCGAAUGAAAACAACAAUCUUAAUGUGCGGACUGUGCCCAAAGCACUGAUUCUGCUCUUUCGCACUUCCGUUGGCGAAGGCUGGAAUCAAAUCAUGGAAGAUUACGCCACCGUUGUCUGGCCGUACUGCACGGUCGGUGACGACUAUCUGGAAGGUGACUGCGGUAGCCCUGAGUGGGCUCGAGCUCUCUUCGUUUCCUGGAACAUCCUGAGUAUGUACAUCUUCGUCAACCUGUUCAUCUCGCUUAUCUAUGAGAGCUUUUCGUAUGUGUACCAGAGAAGUAGCGGGCUUUCGGUCAUCAGCCGAGAGGAGAUCAGGCGCUUCAAGCAGGCUUGGGCAGAGUUCGAUCCGAACGGCGCUGGGUACAUUUCCAAAGAAGCGUUCCCGCGUUUUCUUGGUGAGCUUUCGGGUGUCUUUGAGAUGCGGAUAUAUGAUGGCGACUUCACCGUGCGGUCACUUAUGGAGGACUGUAAGGUGAUACCCAGUGGUGGCUCCGCGCUGCCUCUUGAUGGUGGCCCGGGAACGUAUGAGAUUGACAUUGACGCCUUGAAUCGGCGGUUGAGAGAGCUGCCUGUGGAUGAGAUACGAAGGCGACGGACACGCAUGAACACGUUCUACGAAGAAGUCCUGGUUUCGGCAGAUCCUGACAAGGGCAUACCAUUCAACGCACUCCUGAUGAUCUUAGCCCACUACAAGGUCAUUAGCGACAACAAGAGUCUGAAGCUGGAAGAAUAUCUGCGUCGUCGAGCUCGACUCCAACGUGUCGAGGAGGCUGUCAAUCGAAAUGUUGUGGUGGGCUUCUUCGAUACACUCUACUGGUCUCGGCGCUUCAGACGUGCUACAAAUGCGAAGAGAAACGCACGCAUGACAGCAAUACCAUCAUUCGGCGUUCCGGAGAUCUUUGUGCAGGGAGACGAAGACGAUGUGUCGGAUGCGAAGAAAUUCGACGUGCCGUCAGUCAGCGUGACACCCGUCGACUUUGAUGUGAUUAACACAGCAGCUAGCCUUGGAGUAGGCCGCGCUCCUACCAGUGGCUCAGAUGCCGGAACUAGCAGGCCAAGUGCGCAAAGCAGCAUGAUGCGAAACAGAAGUGGGUCGAUACAGCAUUCAGAUGGCGAAGCUGAUCUGGCACCACCCUUGGAUCACUCACCUCGCCUGUCAGCACGUCAUAGACCAUCGGCCUCGUCAAGUAGUAUUCAGCCCGACUGGCAUUUUGCAGCGGCCAUGGAACCCGGGGGACCAGGUAUCUCACCACCACCGAGCCCGAACUUGGCGCCUACACCGCCAGGCCCACGAAGUCGUGCUGGAAGUGCCGUCAGCCAGAGCGAUAUGAUGAACGUGUUCUCAUCGAGUCCAUGGGGUGCGAGUAUGGAGCGGACGAUGACCACGAGAAGGACAAGCACGAAUCCGAGACGGCCAUCCUCGUGA